CCCAUCUUACCACAUAACACAAACAAGCUAACCCACAAGCAAUGGCAAGCAGAAUCCAACAAUGCGGCCGAUGUAUGGUGUAUCUUCAGAUACCACAACACCUUCAGUUCUUCCAUUGCCCUGCAUGCCAGGCCAACACAUGGGUUGGAUCAUAUGAUGCUCCUCCGCCACAAACUUAUCACGCACCUCCUUCUGUGUUGCCAGCCCCUCCGGCUCAUGGGAAGAAAAGGGCUGUGCUAUGCGGAGUGAGCUAUCUUCAAACUACUUACAAGCUCAAAGGAGCCACCGAUGAUGUUAAGCGCAUGAGGUAUCUUCUCGUUGACAAAUUGAAGUUACCUAGCGAGUGCGUACUCACGCUUACAGAAGAGGAGGCAGAUCCCACGAAGAUUCCCACACUGCAGAAUAUCCGGACAGCCUUGCGAUGGCUAGUGCAAAAUUGUCAGGCUGGAGACUCCCUAGUGUUUUAUUUCGUAGGCCAUGGCCAAAGGCAGCUCGACAGCAACGGAGACGAAGCUGAUGGGUUCGAUGAAGCGCUGUUGCCUGUUGAUCACGCCACUGAAGGAGCACUUGUUGAUGAUGAAAUCAACGAAACAAUCGUAAGGCCGCUGCCCCAUGGGGCCAAACUUCAUGCUAUUGUCGAUGCUUCCCAUAGUGGAACUGUUCUUGACCUACCACAUAUUUGCAGGAUGAAAAGUGAAGGAUUCUAUGAUUGGGAAAAUCAGACACAUGGAGCACCAGUACGUACUUUCAAAGGAACAAGGGGUGGCCUGGCCGUCUCCUUUAGUGCUUGUGAUGAUGACGAAGGCGCAGGGCGACCUCUUACUUUCACCGGCACAAUGGCAGGUGCCUUGACUUUUAGCUUCACCCAGACUGUCUACAAGAAUCCUGGUUUAACAUACGGUCACUUGCUUAAUGCUAUGCGCUCUUCCUUACGGAAAAAUAAUCCGAAAAAUAAUCUGCCGGAUCAGGUGCCUCUCUUGUCAUCAUCUAAGCAAUUUGACCUUUAUUCAAAGAAAUUUGAACUGUAAUAUGUUUUCGUUUCUCAUUAGUGUGUGUGCUGGGCUCCAUAUAUCUCUAUUCCUAGUCAGUCCCUGUUUCUGAAUCCAUAAAUAACCAAUAAGGCUACCAUUGGGACUAUUGUAACGCUAUGUUUUUAAUCUCUAUGAGGCUAUGCCUAGCCAGUUACCUGUUUCUGAAUCCAUAAAAUAAUCAAUGGGGGUGCCAUUGGGACUAUUGUACUGUUAUGUUUUUAUUUUACUGAAUAAAAACUAUUAUUAAAUAA